AAGUGCAACUACAAAACUUUGAGUGGGCAAAGUUAAGUAAGAAAACUGAAGGAAUCAACAGCUGUCUAAAAUGAUCUUCAAUUGAACACGAAAUAAUAUUAACUCUGCAAUAAUUCGAUUUAUUAAAGUAAUCCAAUUCAAAAACGUUUUCGAAAAUCAAAACAUACAAAAUUUAAUACACACACAUUGUACAGUAUGGAGAUGGGAGACAUUUCUUAUCAGCAAAUCUGCAGCGCACGCACCGUGCAAUCCGAUCAGAAGGGCUUCUUCAACGAAUUCUUUUUGGAGGUGAAGGAAGGUUGCAGUGACAAGUGGUUGAAACACUAUUUCAGUCAAUUGAAAUCGAACGAAGCGCGUAUAUUGUCGAUCUUCAGCGAUCGUGAGGUAUGUGAUACGGUCUUGGGUGUGCUGGAAAAUGUCGCACCGGUCUACAAAGGCAAAGAUGGACUGUUUUCGGUGCAACGGCGCGCACAGGCAGAUAAAUUCAAUUUGUUGGGAGAUUUCAAACAAGCCUUGCCACUUGCCAAUUUGGCCGUAAUGCGUGCACCGGCGAAAGAUGUGGAUCUAGCUGUGGAUAACGGUCUCAGUUUGGCUAUGGCCUAUCGCUCUCGUGCCGCAAUUCUUAUUAAUUUGGGUAAUGGUCAGGCUGCCAUGAGUGAUCUCAAAUUAGCCGCAAAUUAUGGUUUGGAGCUGAAGGAGAAUGUCGAUUAUUAUAUCAAAUUGGCGAAAGCUUAUGCCUUAAUGGGUGAAACUGCGCGCUCGGAAAUAUCUUUGAAAAUUGCUGAGAAACUCUCUGGUAAUAAUAUUGCCUUAAGAGAUGCCUUCGGCAAGGAACUGUCACUGAUAAAACCCAGCGAAAAGAUCAAAUCGGCUGUGGCACCACCGCUGGCGAGUGGUGAAAAUGCCAACUUACGUGGUGCUUCUAACUUGGUGAAAUUGGCGGAGACCAAAGAAAGAGGUCGUUUCAUGGUCGCUGGUGAUCAUUUGAAGACCGGUGACGUUGUGCUCUGUGAGAAUCCAGUUGCCGCAUGUUUAUCACCUAAUUAUUAUGGCAGUCACUGUCAUCACUGUUUCGAGAGGUUAAUUACUCCAGUGCCAUGUGUUAAUUGCUCUGGAAUCGCUUUCUGCUCUGCGCAAUGCAUGGGAGAGGCAUGUGACAGUUAUCAUCGUUUUGAAUGCCACUUUAUGGAUCUUUUCAUUGGUUCCGGCAUGUCAAUACUUUGCUACUUGGCCUUACGUGUAUUCACACAAGCCUCGAGCGUGGAGAGUGCCAUCCAUGAUGCGAACACGAUGUAUGAGCAUCUUUGUGCUCAUAUUGAGAGCCGACAAGCCGAAGAUUACUUACAACGUUCACUGAUGGCCGGCUUCUUAUUGCGCUGCUUGCAGAAAGCGCAAUACUUUGGACGUCGUAAGAGUGAGGGUGUGAAUCCAACUGCUGUUGAGUUGCAGGUAGGUGCCGCACUCCUCGGACUGUUGCAGGUGCUACAAUACAAUGCGCACGAAGUUUUUGAGACUAAAAUAACCGAGGAACACCAUUUCGAGGGCUCUAAAGUGGUCUAUGUAGGUGCUGCCAUCUACGCGACAGGCGCUUAUUUCAAUCACGAGUGCUGGCCGAGCGUGGCCCGUUACUUUGUUGGCAAGAAACUGGUGUUGACAACCAUAAAGCCACAUCAGCCGAACGAAGUGAUAGCUGAGAACUACGGACCGAUUUUCACCAAAACAAAUUUGAAAGAGCGCCAAAGAUCACUGCGUGGUCGCUACCUGUUCGAUUGCAAAUGUAUGGCCUGUCAAGAGAAUUGGCCAACAAUACAGAAAAUCGAUAAGCAAGUUCGUUUCCGUUGUCUCACUGCAAAUUGUCCAAAUGUUUUGAAGUUCCCGAAGGAUAUAUCCAAGGAGGUGCGCUGCGCACGUUGUCGAAAAAAUGUUUCGCUGAAAACGAGUGUAGCGAAAAUGAUUCAAAUAGAGGAGCUUUAUCGGAAAGCCGCUGAGGACAUGCACAAGCAAAACAUACCGCAAGCAAUUGAGCAAUUUAAGGAAGGUAUUGAAAUGUUUUUCGAAAUAGCAGUUUUGCCCCACAAGGACACAAUUAUAGCUCAGCAUUCGUUGAUCAAGUGUUUGGCCGAUGGGGGUACCACUUUUAAAUAGUUGUA